GCUCAGAAAUUUAAUACUGUCUAUGCUUACGACUAUCCUGCACUGCUGGGACAAGCAUUGACCGAAAUUUGGCAGACAUAUCGCCUUCCUUCUGAUUUACGUGUUUGGUCAAACGGGAGCCGGAUUGAUUCCGUAUUCGGUAUUCACAAUUUUACUUUACCGAGCUCAUCCUCCUUCAAUGCCUCAGUUCAAACUAAGCCAGCAGGGACUGAUCCACUUUCCGGGAAAAAUGAUUUUCAAAAUAGCUUACCUGGAAGUGGUCAUUCGCACCGGCACUCGUUGCGUCUUGGCAAUCCUAAGCAUCAUCUCGUUCAUCAUUGGCACUCUACUCACCAGCAUAGUGGGAACUGUCCGGUCCGUCAGCAAGCAAAUCUGACCCAAGAGUUUGGAUCACGUCGUGCUUUUGGAAAACAAUUCACUUCUACUGGUCGGAGUGUGAAUGAAAGUUCUUACUGGUCUCAGCUCGGAUAUGUCGAGGGCCUUGGCAAUCUAGGCGAAUACAUCAUUGAGUGCAUUGAAUUAGGACUCAAUACAGACGGCUUUCUUUGUCCAGUCGGCACUCGGAUGCCUGGCAGCAACGAUGUUCAGACUCCAUUAAUGUGA